CAUAUCAUAAACGAAACAAAAAAAGAAAAUGGAACUCCAAGCCUCAUUUUGCUUCGUAUUCUUCACUUUCACUGCUGUUUUCUCUUUAUUCUCUUUUUCACUCUUUAUUCUUCGGCUAAAGCCGUACUGCAACUGCGACGUCUGCUCUGCAUACGUCACACAGAGUUGGACGUCGCAGUUCGUCAAUCUUUCUGAUUGGUACACACACCUUCUCAGAAAAUCACCAACCGGAACAAUUCACCUUCAUGUACUGAACAAUAUCAUAACUGCAAAUCCAGAUAACGUUGAGUACAUAUUAAAAACAAAUUUUGAAAACUACCCGAAAGGCAAAGCGUUCUCGUCUAUCCUAGGAGACCUUUUAGGCCGUGGGAUAUUUAACGUGGAUGGCAAAAGUUGGCAUUUUCAAAGAAAAAUAGCAAGUUUGGAACUAGGAAGUUUGUCUAUAAGAUCACAUGCUUUUGACAUAGUGGUUGAUGAGAUAGAAAGUAGAUUAAUUCCUUUCUUUUCUACGGUUUGUGACAAAAAAGAAUCCGUUUUGGACUUGCAAGAUAUUUUUAAAAGGUUUUCUUUCGAUAGUAUAUGUAAAUUCUCAUUUGGGCUCGACCCGGGCAGUUUGAAACCUUCACUACCCGUGUCUGAGCUCGAGUCGGCCUUUGACUUGAGCUCAAAGCUUUGUGCAGAGCGAGGGAUGGCUCCCUCGCCCUUGGUAUGGAAGAUGAAGAGACUUUUCAAUAUUGGGAGUGAAAAAAUGUUAAAAGAAUCAAUCAAGAUUGUGAAAAGCCUUGCGGAUGAAGUAAUUAAAAAACGUAGAGAAUUGGGUUUUGCAUCAAAGAAUGAUUUGCUUUCAAGAUUCAUGGGUUCAAUAAGUGAUGAUGAUUAUUUAAGAGAUAUUGUUAUAAGCUUCCUUUUAGCCGGAAGAGACACCGUGGCAUCCGCUUUGACUAGCUUCUUUUUACUACUAUCACAAAACCCGAAAGUCAUAGAAAAGAUCCGGGAAGAAUCUGAUCGGGUCAUUGGUCCGAUCCACGAAAAACUACCCGAAUUUGGCGACUUACAAAAGUUACAUUACUUGCAAGCAUCGUUGCAUGAAAGCAUGAGGCUAUAUCCACCAGUACAGUUUGAUUCAAAGUUUACUAAACAUGAUGACGUGUUACCGGAUGGGACAUUCGUAAAAGGAGGUAGUCGGGUCACAUACCACCCAUAUGCGAUGGGUCGGAUGGAGAGGAUAUGGGGCCCCGACUCGUUGGAAUUCAAGCCAGAAAGAUGGAUUAAUGAAGAUGGAGUGUUUAAGCAAGAAAGCGCUUAUAAGUAUCCGGUUUAUCAAGGUGGGGUUAGGAUUUGUUUAGGAAAAGAAAUGUCAUUAGUGGAAAUGAAAAGUGUUGCAUUGUGUUUAAUUCGGGGGUUUGAUGUCAGUGUUGUCAACCCGACCCAAAUAGUACGGUUUUCACCGGGGCUUACCGCCAGUGUUUGUGGUGGACUCCCGGCGACGGUCCGGAGACGAAAUUUGUAGCUAGUCUCAAUAAGGUGACGGUUACGCCGUAUAUGGUGGGCUAAAUAUCUAUUCAACUGAUGUUUAUAAAUUAAUCGACAAGUGGUAGAGAAUAUGGAGAAUGUGUUUUUGACUGUAAAUUGGUGUAGUUUAAAAAAAAAAAUUGUUGUUUAUUUGA